AUGUCUCAUCAAGUCCCCCUCCCAGGCCACCAUGACGGCGACAUCGUCGCCACCGAGCUCGACAUCUUCACGGCCAGCGACCACCCCGCUCUCGCCGCCGGCCCCGCCGCUGAUGCGCUCAGGCGUAUCGAGCAGCAGUACCAGCAUCUCGUUGAGUUGCUGAUGAAAGAGAAGUCGGCUGCGGCCGCCCGGAUCGAAGAUCUGGAGACCACCAACGCCGCCCUGCUGAAAAUCCUCGGCAAGAAAAUGGCGGAUGAGGUGAACGGGAUCUUUGUGCAGACGCACAUUGUGCCUGCCAAGAGGGUCGUGCUUCGGCCUGGAGAGGAACUGUGGUCUGGCAUCUUCAAAGAUGUUUGA